CAAAGAUUAUAAAUAAUUAAAAUUAACAUUAGUUAAAAUUUUCAAUUUCAAACAUAAUGUCAAGUGUAGUGGAUGUUAGUGAAAAAAAUGUUGACAAUAAAAUAGUGAUUAAUAAUUUAAAAGAAUAUGACAUACAAGUAUACAAGCGUAGAUGGUAUAUUUUAGCACUAUUUAUAUGGUAUUCUGCAAUCAAUGGUUUACAAUGGGUUGAGUAUUCCAGUAUUACAAACAUUGUAGUCAAAUAUUACAAUGUUUCAACCAUUACUGUCGAUUGGACCUCUAUAAUUUAUAUGGCUUUAUAUCCUAUAUUUGUAAUCCCUGCAUCAUAUGUUAUUAAUAAAAAGGGUUUGCGAGCGGCUGGUCUACUAGGAUGUCUAGGAACGGCUUUUGGCACUUGCAUUAAAAUAUUUUCAGUACAAAAGGACCUUUUUUGGCUGGUUUUGUUAGGACAAGCCAUAGUAUCAGCUUCUCAAAUUGUUAUUCUUUGUUUGCCACCAAAAAUAGCUGCUAUAUGGUUUAAACCAAAUGAGGCUUCAAAAGCAAAUGCUUUGGGGGUAUUUGGCACGCAGUUGGGUACAUCAAUUGGAUAUUUGUUGCCUCCUGCAAUAGUAGGAAACCACGAUAACAUUGACGAUAUAGGAUCUGAUUUAAAGGUGCUGUGUUGGAUAUUGGCUGGUAGUAGCAUUCCAGUAUCAAUAGCUGUUAUAGCAUAUUUUCCAAACUUUCCCAAGAAGCCUCCAAGCAUAUCGCAGGCAAAAGAACGAGAAAUCGAUAGAGAGUUUGAGACUAAAAAGUUUUUUAUAUCUAUUAAGGAUUUAUUUUUAAAUAAGGCCUUUGUUAUACAUGUAGUUGCAUUUUCCAUUAACAUUGGAGUAUUUUCCGGUAUAGGAACACUUUUGGCUCAAUUUAUCCUGUUUUAUUUUGAGGGUGCACAAGGUGAUGCAGGAGCCAUGGGAUUUGGUAUGAUUUUAACGGGAAUGGUGGGAUCAAUAGCAUUUGGAAUUUUCCUGGAUAAAACAAGAAAGUUUAAGGAAAGUGCAAUUGCAAUAUAUUUUUUAUCUGCAUUGGGCGUAGUAGGUUUUAUGUAUUCAUUGGAAUACAAAUCAAAAUUAUGGUCAUAUAUUAGCUGUGGUGUUAUGGGUGUGGCUUCAAGCUCGUAUUGGUCAGUAGGAAUAGAACUCGCUAUGGAAUUGACAUUCCCAAGCGAAGAAAGCACCACAGCUGGAAUUUUGGUGGCUGUCACCCAAGUAUUAGGCGUUAUUUUUGCCACAGGAUUAGGAUACUUAAAUAUUUAUAUAGGACCUUUUUGGUCCCUCGGAAGUCAGUCAGUUCUUUUGUUUAUAGGAACAAUUAUUACUAUGUUUAUUCCAAAUGAUUUACGACGACAAGCUGUUUUCGCGGAAAACCAAAAGCAAAUGUUUACUCCUGUACCUAUAGGAGAUUAAAAGUUAUUUAUUGAUAGUGUUUAGAAUUUUAUAACUGAUUUGCUAAAAAUAGUACAACUUGUUAUUAAAAAACUAGCAUUUUAUUACUUUCAAUUUUUCGGGAUAUUUAGUGUUUAAAAUAAAGCGAAUAGGGAC